AUGGACCCUUCAUCAUCGCAGGUCGCCAUCACCGACGGCACCAAGCGCUCUUCCAACCUCGACCUCGAAAAGGGGCCCGUUGAGCCAAGCUCGGAUUUGGAGGCCACAACUGCCGAUGAGGCCGAGGCUACCGCUGCCGACGAGAAGCGGCAGGUUGAUAAUCAUGACAAGGACCCCGACAUCGUCUCGUGGGAUGGCGCCAACGACCCGGAGAAUCCAAUGAAUUGGACAAACCGCAAAAAAUGGUUCAACAUUGCCGUCAUCUCCAUCCUAACCGUUCUUACACCCCUCGGCUCGUCCAUGUUCGCGCCUGGCAUCCGCAGAAUCCUGGCCGAGUUCCACGAGACAUCGCCCACCGUAGCAACGUUUAUCCUCUCAGUCUACAUUCUCGGAUUCGCCUUUGGCCCGCUAAUCAUCGCGCCCAUGAGCGAGAUCUACGGCCGAUCCCCGCUCUACAACAUUGGCAACGUCCUGUUCACCGUCUUCUCCAUCUGCACCGCGCUGAGCAACAGCAUCGGCAUGAUGAUGGCCUUCCGCUUCCUCAUGGGCGUCGCCGGCUCGGUGCCCAUCACCAUCGGCAGCGGCAGCAUCGCAGACAUCAUGCCCGUCGAGAUGCGCGGGCGGGCCAUGGCUGCCUGGGCCCUGGGUCCCUUGCUUGGCCCCUGUAUCGGACCCGUGGCCGGCGGAUAUCUCAUCCGCGCUGCGGGCUGGAGGUGGGUGUACUGGCUCAUAGCCAUCCUGGCUGGCAUCGUCUCCGUCUUCACCUUCUUCACCCUGAAGGAAUCCUACGCACCGGUCAUUCUCGAGCGAAAGGCUGCCAGGCUGCGCAAAGAGACGGGGAAUCAGGCCCUGCGGAGCGAGUUGGCCGACUUGUCGGGCCACGCGGUGGAAAAGAUCAAAGUCGCCAUCGUUCGGCCGCUGAGGCUCCUGUUCCUGACGCCCAUUGUCACUCUCAUGUCGUUCUACGUUGCCAUUACUUACGGCAUCCUCUAUCUUCUCUUCUCCACUUUCAGUCUCGUGUAUCCUCAAUACUACGGCUUCGGCGAGGGCGAAAGCGGCCUAGUAUUCAUUCCGACCGCGAUCGGCAUGAUGUUUGGCAUCAGCAUCUUUGGCGCCCUCUCGGACAAAUCGGUCAAGGCCAAACUCGACAGCGGUGAACAGCACCGGCCCGAAAUCCGGCUCCUCCCGUGGCUUACUCUGCCGGCCGGCCUCACCAUUCCCGUCGGUCUCUUCCUGUACGGCUGGACAAUCCAGUAUCGCGUGCACUGGAUUGUACCCAUGCUCGGUUCUCUCAUCUUUGCGUUUGGCUUAAUGGGCGUCAUGAUGUGCAUCCAGAACUACCUUUUGGAUCUUUACCCGCGCCAAGCAGCAUCAGUCACGGCUGCCACGGCCGUGUUGAGGUCGCUCGCCGGCGCGCUGCUCCCGCUCUGUGCCCUGGAAAUGUAUGAGGCGCUGGAUAUGGGAUGGGGCAACAGCCUUCUCGGUUUUAUCUCCUUGGGGCUGGCACCCAUCCCGCUGCUCUUUUACACAUUUGGUGCAAGGAUUGUUAAGAGGUCCCAGCCUAAAGACUAG